AACGAGAAGCUGGAGGUGAAACAGAAAUGGGCCUCGCGGCUUUUGGGCAAGUUGCGAAAGGAUAUCACGCAGGAGUACAGAGAGGACUUCGUGCUGAGCAUAACGGGGAAGAGGCCGGCCAUGUGCGUCCUUAGUAAUCCUGAUCAGAAGGGUAAAAUGCGCCGCAUCGACUGCCUGCGUCAGGCCGAUAAGGUAUGGAGGUUGGACCUAGUAAUGGUGAUCCUCUUCAAGGCAAUUCCGUUGGAGUCGACGGACGGGGAACGGCUGGAGAAGACUGCGGAAUGCGCUCAGCCGGGCCUCUGCGUCAACCCCUAUCACAUCAACGUCUCCGUCCGGGAACUCGAUCUCUACCUCGCCAAUUUUAUCACCAGCCACGCGUCCAUACUGCAUGACCUCAGCGACAUGCAGCCUCAAAUAAACGCGAUCAAAAUAGAGCACCCGCCGUACUACUGCAGCAGCUACACCCCUCCGUCCGCAGCCACGGCCGCGGAUCAUGCUCAGCCAGCGGCUAGCUUCAGCCCGCCACCGGUGCAUCAGCUCAUAAGGAACGACAAGACUGAAAAGCCUCCGACGGUAUCCGUGUCGAGCGCGCCGACAUUCUCGCCGGUGCUCAGGCCCGAGGACGGUCACCGUGGAAUGGACUCGCCGCACUCGCAGACGGGUAUGUGCCGAUAA